AUGGGUUCCAACAGCUUCCGGAAAGAAUUCACCUGUUCCCUAUGUGUGAAGUAUUUCAUAGACCCAGUCACUCUAGGCUGUCAGCACAGCUUUUGCAUGCCAUGUCUCUGUCUCUGCUGGGAGGAAGGCCAACGUCCUCCUCGCUGCCCUGUGUGUGGGGAAAUAUCCCAUCACGCGACCUUGAAAACCAACAUCGUUUUGAAGACACGGGUAUUCCUUGCCAGACGGACAGGACCCUAUGACUUACCAAGCUCUGCAGAAGAGAUAUGUGAGAUACACAUGAAAACAAAGACCUUCUUUUGUGAGGUCACCAAGGACGUGCUUUGCUUGCCCUGCUGUAAGUCUGAGGAGCAUGUGGCCCACAUGCAUUGUUCCAUUGAGUGGACGGCUGAGGAAUACCGGCAAAAGCUUCUGAAGCAGAUGAGGUCUGUGUGGCAAAAGAUACAAGAAAACAAAAGAAAUCUAAAUCAAGAAAUCAGCAAACUCAGGACAUGGGAGGAUCAUGUGACUCUGUGUAGGAAGAUGGUCCGGGCUGAAUGUUGGAAGCUGUGCCGCCUUGUCUACAGUGAAGAGAAACGUUAUUUAAGGAAACUAGAGGAGGAAAGCGAUGAGAUUUUUCAACAACUCAAAGAAAGUCAAUGCAAUAUUUACCUAAAGGGGAAACUCUUAAGGAAGAUAUAUGCAGAACUCAAGGAAUUGUGCCGUAAACCAGACAUGGAGCUGCUCCAGCAUUAUGACAUCAUGUUGAAAAGGAGUGAGUCCGUGCAGCUGCACACACCCCAGCCUGUAGUCCCACAGCUCAGUUUGUGGCCCAUCCCUGGACUGAUAGACUGGCUCGACCAAUUCCAAGUGUACAUUGCCUUGGAUAACGAAGUGGUGACUUGUCAUGUCCCUGUGUUGGAAGACCUGAGACGUCUGCUGGCUGGUCCUGAUCCUCCUGGUGUUGACAACCCUCCACCAAGAUCUAAAUAUUUUCUUGCCUGGGGAGCUGAGUCAUUCACUUCUGGGCAACGUUACUGGGAGGUGGAUGUGGCAGGCAGUGGCAACUGGGCAAUUGGAUUUUGUCAUGAUUCUUGGGCCAGGAAGGAUGACAUGAUGCUUGACUCGGAGGGAAUUUUUCUACUUCUUUGUAUCCAAGAGAACAACCAGUGCAGCCUCUUUACCUCCUCCCCACUAUCACCUCAAUAUUUCAAAGGGCCUCUAGGCCGGGUGGGGGUAUUCCUGGAUUAUGAUGGUGGUGUCUUGAGCUUCGUCAAGGUGGCUAAUAGUUCCCUCAUUUGUAGUUUCCUCUCCUGCUCCUUCUCUUCUCCUCUCAAACCUUUUCUUUGCUCUGGACACCCCUGA